CAAUGAUCCAAACCGUCGUACUUGUUUCCCCAAUCCUUCUCCCUCUCUUCUCUCAAUUAUCAAACAGUCCUCGUAUCUUAUCUACGUUAACAGACCGAUAUAUCCGACAUACGAAAAACAUAUUCAUAACACAUUAUGUCAUUGCAAGCCAGUACCUCAAACACACCAUUGUCAGAACAAAGAAUGGCAGCUCGAUCAGCUGCAAACCUUCGAACUGUAGCGAGGAACGAUACCGCCGUAGUGGAGAUUUUAGAGACGAGUACUUAUUGUGUUAUUUAUCAUUGGGAUGAGGGUACUGAAAAAUGGGAUAAACAGAAAAUGGAGGGACCUAUGUUUAUCGUUCGUCGAGACAAAGCUCCACAAUAUGCUUUAUACCUACUCAAUAGACAAGCAGUCAAGAACGUUUUAAUUCCUCUCACACCAGGAGAUAUGCGAGUAUCUGUCGUCGACCAGAAUAACAUGCACAUUGCCAGACGAGGUGAAAGACUGAGACGAAGUAUCUGGUUCAGUGAAGGAGAAAAAGCAGCUCAAGCGUUCAUGAGUGGUAUAAUCCGAAUAUGUGGUGAAAAUUCCAGACGACCGAUAGGAGAUAACACAUCUCCUCCUUCAGCUCAAUCUACUCUUACACCAGAACCAGAUGGACUUGCUAAAUUAUUUUCAAACCUUCAUUCUAAACCUACACCAUCACCUACUCCUGCUUCCAAAACUACUUCCUCUUCG